CUCCUCUCCCCUGCCCUAGGAGAAUUUGCCCCAAGAGGGGGUGGGGCUUCGAGAAGGAAUAAAAAGCCUGUCUUGGCUCUAGCCUCCGCACCAGCUGCAGAGUCUUCAUCUGGAAGUGCUGCAACUGCCCUGGGGGAGACGGCAUUCCACCACUGGACCAACAUACUACCCCACUGACCGCAGCUUCUUUGCCGCUGUCAUCUCUUCGUACCCAGGCCAGGUCACCCCCUUAUCUUAAAGGCCAAAAAUGGAAACUGUCCAGGAGCUGAUCCCCUUGGCCAAGGAAAUGAUGGCCCAGAAGCCAAAUGGGAAGAUGAUGAAGUUUUAUGUGCUGGGCAGUGUGCUGGCCUUUGUCGGAGUCGUGAUUGGCCUGGUGGAGACAGUAUGCAGUCCCUUCUGUGCCAACAGAGGGCUUCAGGAGGACGAGGCAGCCAUGGCGGCAGUGCAAGCUGCCAGGUUCCAGGAGUCCAAGAGAAGGGAAGCACUGCUGGAGAAAAGCAAACAACAAGAAGCGUGGAGCCUCUCCCAUCGCCAACACGCCUCCUAAAAGCAGUGUGCAGUACAAGAAGCAUGCUGCCCCAAGAAUGGGAGAACAGGCCACUGAGAGACAGAGAGUCCCAGCUGACAGCACCGUUG